AUGUCUUCAUCAAAGAGAAAAAGAGCGCCAACCUCCCGCUCCCCCAUCACGCCGCAUACACUGGGACGACGAAUGGGCUCUGGGGCACCGUCAAGUCGAGCAACCAGCAUUUCGAGUGCCCCCCCUCGGACCCCGAAUUUCUCAUCAGCAAGCCAAUUGCGAACUCCUUACACAUCAAAAACUAGGGCAGAGACUGGCAAGUCCGCGAGAGUAAGUGAGGACUUUGACGAUCAUGUCAUCGCUGCCAUUGACACCAAAAACCAUGACACCGUGGGAUGUGCCUAUUACUCAACCGAAGAGGAGAAAAUGUACCUACUCGGUGAUACUCGCUUCGGUGGAAUGGAGACUGUGGAUGCAUUGCUUGUCCAAAUAAAGCCUACAGUGGUGUUGGCUCCCCCUAGGGUUGAUCUCGAUCCCCACAACCCGAGUCAGAGCCUCGCACAAGAAGAUGUUUCCUCCACAUAUCUCCCUUACCAAAUUGAUGUCCGCCCCACAACAGAGUUUAGCUACUCAAAUGCUGAAAGCAAGAUUCUGGCACUUGAUCUCUCAUCAACCCACGAAGACCGCAUCCGAUUCUUUGUGCCCCAAAAUGGCCUUGCUGGACCAGAAGAAGUGGUCUCUGAAGAGAUGGGAUUCACGCUCAGAGAAGGAAGACUUCUACACAUAUCCAGCUCCGUUGAUAUGGAAAACCCCGUGACUAUCGGUUGCGUAGGCGCCAUACUCACCUACCUGCAGCGAAGAAGAGCCGUGGCACCGACUGUUCUGGAAGAGACAAGCGAGUAUCGGAUUCGAGCGCUGCAGAUGUUCAAUCUGAAUGACACUAUGUGGAUCAACAGCAACACGUUCAUUUCACUUCAAAUAAUUCAGUCGGAGUCGCACCCCGACAUGUUUAAUCAAGGCCCAGGCAAUAAAUCGGCUUCGGGCAAGGAGGGCCUUUCAGUCUACGGCCUCUUCCAGCAUUUUGCACACACCCCUCAAGGCAGGGCCAAGCUUAAGCAAAGCUUCUUUCGUCCAAGUGUGGAUCUAGUUACUAUUCGAGGACGACAUGAUUUCAUCACAGUCUUUUCACGGCCAGACAACAUUUCUGCAUUGGAAAAGAUCAUCAAAGCUCUAAAGCAUAUCAAGAACCUGAGACCCGUCAUGGUCAAUCUACGAAAAGGGAUCAGUACCGGCAGUGCUAAGAUCACAGGAUUCAAAACUACAGUUUGGGCUAGUCUCCUUGCAUUUGCAUUUUACGCCAUUGACAUCCAAGAAGCAUUGCAAGAGGUCUCAGGAGCCAACAUUCUGGCUCUCCGGACGAAGGCAUUAAGAGCACUCGAAGCUGCCCAGCUGUAUCGCGUUGGUCGUAUGAUUCAAGAAAUCGUUGAUAUCGACAACUCCGAAGAACAAGGACGAACCGUGGUCAAACAGGGAAUCGACAGACAACUUGAUCAAAUUAAAGACAGAUACGACGGUCUAAACAGUCUUCUCAAGCAUGUCGCUCUCGAUAUUGCUGCAACUAUCCCCGAAGCUUUGAAUGUUGAUGUCAACGUCAUUUACUUCCCUCAGCUUGGGUUUAACAUUGCGAUUCCGCUCAGCGAGCAUGGUGUUGCGGCAUAUUCAGGUUCAAAUAAUGAGUGGGAAAUGAUGUUUCUCACGGAAAGUAGAGCUUACUUCAAAGACUUCCACAUGAGGGAGAUGGACGAGAAGCUGGGUGACAUCUACGGUCUCAUCUGUGGUAGGUCUUCUCGAACUCUGUUAUUACGGCAAACUGACAUACUAUCCUUUACAGAAAAAGAGAUUGAGAUUGUCUAUGACCUGGCUCAAAAAAUCCAGCGUUAUGAAAAUGUCCUCGUAGAUGCCUCGGAUAUUUGUGGGGAGAUUGACAGUCUCCUGGCCCUUGCACAGGCGGCAAGUUUCUACAAAUUGGCCAGACCACGCAUGGUUGAUGAGAACAUAAUCAAAAUCAAAGGCGGCCGGUACGAAACUACAAGCCAAGUUGUCUUCGUUUUGCUAAUCAACACCAGGCACAUUCUUCAAGAAUUGACUGUCCCGUCCUAUGUGCCCAAUGAUACAUACCUCAUAAGUGGGAACACAGUUAUCAAUGAUGAGACUGCUUCUUCCUUCGAAUGUCAUCCUAGCAUGCUGAUUUUGACUGGUCCCAACUACUCAGGAAAAAGUGCCUACAUCAAGCAGGUAGGUGAUUUUGUUCCCCACCAAGAGAUUACGUCUCUGAUUCAGAAUCAGGUGGCUCUCAUUGUCUUUCUUGCGCAGGUAGGAAGUUUUGUUCCCGCAGAGAGCGCGGAGUUGGGCAUCACAGACAAGAUAUUGACCAAGCUCAACACACAAGAAAGCGUUUCCAAGAUCCAAAGCACCUUCAUGGGCGACCUGCAGCAAAUAUCACUUUGUCUACGACAUGUUACGAGCCGUAGUUUGGUUCUCAUCGACGAGUUUGGCAAGGGCACCAAUGAGAGCGGUUUGUUCUUCCAUGAUAACCCCGUUUGUUUGGAUAUUCUGACAGUUCAAGAUGGAAUUGGGCUUGCCUGCGGCAUAUUCGAGUAUUUGUUGAGCCGCGAACACCCUGCGAAAGUGAUUGCAGCGACGCAUUUCCAUGAGACUUUUGAGAACAAUUUCCUUGCCCGACGACCACAGCUUCAACUUGGUCAUAUGCAGGUUCAAGUUUCCGAGGAAACGCAACAAGCAGAAGAUCAGGUUACUUACCUUUACAAUUUCCGCCCUGGGCGUAGCAACAAGAGUUUUGGUACCAUGUAA